GCCUCUUCACUAAUCCAUAUAACCGCUACAAGCCUCAAACGGAACAAUCCAAUAAUUCCUCGUUCCCUUUCUGUUUCUUACCCUCCAAAAAUUAACCCAAUACAAACUCCUUACUUUUCGUUUCUUCAAUAUCAAUAUGGCCUCCAUUCCCAGGCCUCACGGAGCCGCUCAACUCGGAUCCGGCGGCAAAUUAGUCCGACCCAGGCGGACCACUGCUCCCAGGACUCCCUACGAGCGUCCUCUUCGAUUGCUUCCCAAUUCGGCUUCCCAAAACCCUAAUUGGCUCUCCAGUCUCAUUUUAUCUCCUACUCGUAUGAUUGCUACCGGUGCCGGCAAAGUUCUUUCCUCUGUCUUCGGCCCCGUCUCCUCCUCUUCCUCCUCUUCGUCUUCCGGUGGCGAUUUCACUUCAGAUGGUUUCUUUGUUUCAAUUUUUGCAGAGGAUGAUGCAGAUGAUGCCAAUGAUGAUAAUGUUAUCACUUCUCAGGACGCUACCAAAUUGGAAAAGAAUCAGACAUUUGAAAAGAAAAAUUCCUUGAGGAAAGAUACCCAAGCUAUAGAUUGGAAGAGUGAAACAAAGCGUGCAAUUGAACAACUUCUCAUGCAGGAAACAUUCUCAAGGGAAGAAUGUGAUAGAUUAACGCAUAUUAUUAAAUCAAGAGUUGUAGAUUCUUCCAUCACUGGAGACCUAGAUGGGAGACUAAAUGAGAUACCUGGCAGGACAGUUUGCAGCGAUGUUGAUAUGCCUGAUAUCCGCAGUACAGCCAUUACAGAGGCUAAAAAAUGGCUAGAGGAGAAGAAAUUGGGGUCAAAUUCAAAAUCAGAAUUGGUGUAUGGAACCUGCACUUUGAACGCUGCGAUGUUGCCACAGGUUAUGGAAGAUGAAGUGGGUUCACCAGCAGACUUGGCCAAAUCUUACAUGCAAGCACGCCCUCCGUGGGCAUCUCCAUCACUGAGCAACAUUCAGUUACAAUCCCCAUCACCAAGGGGGAUACAGCUUUUUAAGGAAGAAACACCAAAUUUGUUUGGUGGCAAUUCUGCGCCUUCAUCCAAGCUGAUUAGGAAUUCCUCUGCCACUGGUUCAUGGAAUAUCCUGGAGGAAAUACGAAAAGUGAGAUCUAAGGCAACUGAAGAGAUGUUAAGGACUCGACCAUCGUCAAUAAUUGAUUGGUCUACAUUAGCUUCAGAAAGCAAAAGGAGCCCUCAUUCGUUGCUAUCUGAUAAAGCAGAAUCUGUUUCACAAAGGGCACAAGAUGGAUUGCUGACUGAAUCUUCUCCACCAGAUAUAGCUUCCUCAAUUCCCGAACAAAGUCAGGGUCCGGGAGCUAUACAGAUCAUUGAAGGAGCUGAAGGCUUAUGUGAUGGCACAAAAGGGAGAUUAAACCCUGGACAAAGACUUCAACCUUCACAAGAAAUGAGGACUGCACCACCAUGCAGUGAUGAUGAUGUUGAUGACUGCAAGGAUGUUGAUGGGGUUUGCAAACCUUUAGACUAUACUGUGGGAGGAGAUACUAAAGAUUCAACGUUACAUGAAACAAAUUGUUCAACCAUGGCUGAAGUUGCCGAAAGGAAUGUUGCAGUUGCAGUUGCUGCAAAUGGUUUCCCUCCUUCAGGAUCUAGUUUGACUGCAAGUCUGCAAGGAGAACAUAAUUCUACGCCAUCCGAUGAGCAGCACCAUACUGUUGAUUCUGCCCAUGACAACUUAACAAGAAGUGCUCAUGUUGGUGAGACGUGUGAGCAAUUAAGUGAAUCUUACGUGGAGGUGCCUAUUGUGAAUGAGCAUGAAGAAUUGUCACAGGAUUUGUCCUCGCCAAAUUUGAAAAAUAAGGCUGACAAGAGCAAUGAUGUUACUGUCUCUGGGAAGCAACGAGGAGGGAAACGAAAAUUUGCAAGGAGGGGCAGGGGACGGGUUAAAUAAUUUUUAAUCUUGUCUUUGUAAUUUACUGUAAAUUGACUGUAAACUAGUUUAGAAUUAAAGAUAGCACCACUAAAGGCAUUUUGUAAACUGUAGCGAGAUGGAUACUUGUUAGUUUAGUAUUUAACCAGGCAGGGAUUUUCGCCCUUAAAUUGGGUGAUUCAUUUGUAAUCUGUACCAGUAGUUUAGCGUUUGACCAAGCAAGCGUUUUACCCUUAAAUUGGGUAAAUCAAUAAUUAGUUUGAAUUGUUAAACCAA